UAGGUAUUUCCGAUUGCACUUGAACGCCCCAACUGCCACAGCAGGUUUCGUGGAGGGGGAAGAGAAUCCUCAUUCAAGCUUUGUCCGUGUCAACAUCCCUCUCUUUGGGAUAUAUUUCGGUAAUAUAACGCGCUUGGCGGCUUUAAUUAACCACAUUAGUUUAGUAUUAUAUUUAUAUAAAACCCGUAGCGUUAAAACGGAGGUGAUAAAGGCUCCCUGCUGAAAAAUGCUUCAGUCUCUAGCCAGCAAUUCGUGUGUGCGGUUGAUACAGAGUCACAAAUCGACAUGGUAUUUUGUAUCUCUAGUCCUGGGGUAUAUCCUGUAUCUCAUAUUCGGAGCUGUUGUCUUCUCCUCGGUGGAGCUGCCUUAUGAAGACCUCCUGCGCCAGGAGCUGAGGGCCAUUAAAAAACAGUUCCUCCAGGAAAAUGAGUGUCUAUCCGAGGAGCGUCUGGAGAGCUUUCUAAAGAAAGCCCUGGACGCCAGUAAUUAUGGGGUUUCCAUCCUCAAUAACGCAUCGGCUAACUGGAACUGGGACUUCACGUCUGCGCUGUUUUUUGCGAGCACAGUGCUGUCCACCACAGGAUAUGGCCACACAGCACCACUGUCAGAUGGUGGGAAGGCAUUUUGCAUUAUCUAUUCAGUGAUUGGCAUCCCCUUCACCCUCCUCUUCCUCACUGCGGUGGUGCAAAGGAUCAUGGUGUUCAGCACGCGGAGGCCGAUCAUGUACAUCCACAGGCGUUGGGGCCUGUCCAAGCCCCUGGUGGCCAUCGUUCAUGCCACUCUGCUCGCCACGUUGGCCGUCUCCUGCUUCUUCCUGAUCCCCGCCGCCAUCUUCUCAGCGCUGGAGGAAAACUGGAACUUCCUGGAGUCCUUCUACUUCUGCUUCAUUUCCCUCAGCACCAUUGGCCUGGGUGACUACGUACCUGGAGAGGCUGCUAAUCAGAGGUUCAGGGAGCUCUACAAAGUGGGCAUCACUGUCUACCUGAUCCUGGGUCUGAUAGUCAUGCUGGUGGUGCUGGAGACCUUCUGCGAGCUGCAGCAGCUGAAGCAGCUGAGGAAGAUGUUCUACCUGAAGAAGGAGAAGCCGCAGGACCGCCUCGCCAUUCUGGAGCACGACCACCUGUCCUUCACCACCGUGUCCAACAGAGCCACGGCUUACAGUGAGGGCAAACCCCAGCCGUUUGUUGGCGUUCCAACUCUGGUCUCUCCCAAUGACGAUCCCAUGAUCCAGUAAACACGGACAGAGCAAAUGUCCAAUGAAGGAUGAAAACAUGAACGUAGGGGAGUAAUGCACGCCAGAAUAUAAGUAGAUAGAAGGAGUAGAUCAGCUGUAGGCAUUCUGCAAAGCUCAGCCCUGCAAAUUUUAGUAAAACUAGUUGAGACUAUUCAGAUCAAGCAAACAAUUUCACUUAUCAAACCACAGUACUGACAAUAUCGUGCUACGCAGCAGAAAUUAAUAAGGGAUAAAAUGAAUAAUUUAACAGUGACUAUGAAGACAAAGUCAGUAAUAAAAGAAAAGCCUUGUGCUGUAUGACUCACAGGAGACAAGCACCUUUAUGAGCUGUGCUAUUUUAUUGCAUAUUUAGGAACAUUUUAGAAAGUAAUUGGUCUCUUAAAUCUAGCUGAAACAUAGGACAGUUUUCUGUAGUCUGUCACAAAAUAGUCUAUAAACAUGUAUGUACCUUAUAAAUAGAGAUGCUUGACAGGUGUGUGGAGUGUACAUAAUCAGGUAAAUGUUUUAAGAUGUACAGUAUAGCACCAUUUAGAAUUAGCACAUCUGUUAAAGAUGAGCCGAAAUGUAGCUAAAGCACAGAACAACUCAAGUCAUAAACCAUCAUUUGAGUUCAGAACUUUAAUUUUUUCAGGUGUAACUUUGACAGGAAUGUACCAUGACGUGUUUUCUAACAGUGCUUGUUGCAAACUAAUCAAAGUUUGUUGAUAGGUAUGCUCUGAAACACUAGCUGGAUUGGCUCCUAUUGAUCUUUUGAGAAGUUUUUUGAAAGUUUCAGAGGCCCUUUUUUUUUU